AUUAUUUACUCCAACCGUGUCAAGCCAAGCACGUGCGUUUUGAGUCUUUUGGAUUAUCUGAAAACAUUUUUUUCUAAUUGUGCGUAAUUCAAGCAAAUAAUUGGAUAUUCCAAAAAAAUAAACAACGGUAAGGGAAUCUACACAAGAUGGUGCGCAGAUUAAGGAAAACCAAGAAAAAUCAGAAGUAUAACUAUAAUCGGAAUCGAAAAAGGCUAAACAAAAAAAUACAGGGCACCGGAACAGUGAAAUGUCCUGAUAUAAAGGAUGAUAUCGACUUCCGCAAAAAUCUUAACAUCAACAUUUCGGAAAUGGGUUUGGCAUUCGAUGUGAAUAAAGCGAUUCCGGUGCCGAACGCCAAACGCGAGCGCACUAAACUUGCUCAGUACGUGAACGGUUUCCUAGUGGAAGAUGCCUCCGAGUCGGAUUCAGAAGGACACAAAGCUCCGCCAAAAAUACAUGUCGCCGAACGUCUGGAAAAACAAUCCAAGGAAUUUGUGGAGAUCCGUUUCCGACUUUCGAGGGGUACAGUUAAAUUUGUUACCGGAAUGAUCGACAUGUAUGGGUUCAACUACAAGGCUAUGGCACAGGAUAGGCGAAACUAUGAUCAGGAAACCUGGAGACAAAUAAGGCAAAAAGUGCGUCGAUUUUUAACCAUUCCGCAGCAGAGCACACCUUAUUUGAAGCGAAAGGGAUGGUUAGAUUGUGAUAUGGAUGAUCCCAGUGAUCCACGGUGGAAGGAGUACGGCACUGAUGAUGAGGUAUGAUGAAAAAUAAUAACAUAUAUUUUUAAUCAAUAUAAAACAAA